AUGGCGACACCAACAGCCGCAAAGCAUGCUUCGCAGCAGGGCCGUACCCCCUCGCAACUCGCCGCCGCGACUCCUCCUGUAUCAACUCCCUUCUCAAAUCCUGCCCAUGUUGUCUUUUCGCCCAGGGGACCACGAUCGUCCCCUCAACAAUUCAAGAAGUCGCCUGCCGCAUCAAGCUUGAUGGCGCACGCAUCUAAUGCUCCUCUUAACUUCGACAGCCCUUCGACAGCCGCCGCAAUGGGCGCCCUUGGAAUACCCAAUGGGCUCGAUAUGGGACUCGAUAAUGUCGGCGUUGGUGGCCUGGGCUCUUUGGGUGCCCUGGCGAGUGAGGACGACAAAUUGAAGCGCCUGGAAACGAUCAUAGCCACAUUGGAUCAGAAGAAGGGACUUGUGAGCGAGGCAGGACUCGAGCGCCUAGCGCAGCGAAUAGGGCUGGACUGCCUUUCGGAGGAUCAUACAGCACCCGACGGCCGAAAGCAAAGAACUCUUGUGAUAGCGGGCUCAGCCAUUCAGUUGGAAAUCACCCUGCACAAUAAUAUUGUCGAGAAUAUAUCACUGGCCUUCCCAGAAUCUGCUCGCUCCGUUACCGACCAUGUUACCCGAGCAAGCGAGAUUCUCUUGAGGGACUUGCAACUUCUUCCCAACCAGAGCCCACUGACAAAAACUCUUGACAAGUUUGCGGCCAAUCUCGAGCGACUAGCCGUCCUUGACAAGCUUAGCAUCAUCCCUGGUCUCGACUGUCAUGAGGCAUUGGCUGGUAUUUAUGUGAGCUUAGAAAGGCUUCACCAAUGGGAUGUUGCUCGACUUCGUGAUGAGCCCGGAAUCGGUGGCAAGCCGGACAGUGAGCUGUCUACCAUGGCGAUGUGCACGCGACACGGCUACCCCGUUAUGCAUUCGAAAGACCGAGUGGGCCUUGCACUCCAGUACUGGAAGGCCCUUCGCCUUGUACAGCCAACCAACACCAAGUUGGCUUCAUUCGCUUCUUCUCAUGAACCGGUCUGGUCCCUUCUCAUCGGGUGUGCUUCAACAGGAGGCAUGGGCCACAUGCCUGUUCGCGUCUCUGAGGACUGGAUCUCCAAGGAUGUUGUGAAGGCAGAGCCCUCGAUGGACCCUAAGCGUCCCAAUCUGGACUGGCAGGAACCCGAUAACGUCGUGCUUCCGCACUCAGAAGAAAACAAGGAUGCUAGCAUGGAGAUGCUCCAGCCAGAUCUCUCAACAGCCAGGGUGCCACAGGUUAUGUUCGUCGCCACCUUUGACCCUCCUGUCAUCCUGCCCCAGAACGACUGGCUCCGGUUGCACUCAUACGCCAAUGUUAACGCAAACCCAUUGUUUGGGUACUCACCAACUUUUGACAGUCUCUUCUUCCCUAUCCCCCCCGGAAGUGCUCAGGAUCCUAGCGAGCUCCGUGCAAUCUCUCGCAGCCGUGAUGUCCGCAUCUACAACAAAGAUCAGAAAGCUAUCAUCAAGCCUCAUCAGAACACACUGUAUAUCUAUAAGCAAAUAUAUUCACAAGUGGUGACUGAAAUUCCAUUCUCUCAUCCUCAGCAGCUCAUCGAAAUGCUCCCCUUGCUUCGACAGUAUGCGUUUGUCGCAACUUUGCUAGAGAACAGCUUUGGAUCACAGACGAACCAACUUGAGAAAUUACCCAAACAAGGAGACACCGCAUCGCCGGGGCCGAAAUCCAAUUUAACUACCAGAGAUGAGUUGGCGGAGUUUAUGAGCUCAGCUUCUGUGACUGACGAGCAUCCUGCGGCUGCGCCGGAGGUCAAGCUUGACGUUACGCUGUGGGUUCAUCCGAUUCCUCACCUUCAAGUUGUCUUCCCAUUCCGAGAUUCCACUGCCAAUAUUACCUUGAAGGUACUCGAGGACGGAAUCGUGGAAGUUGUCGAGGAGAAUGUCAUUCCCCGUGGCGAGGAUAGUAGAAUGAAGGGCAAAGAACUCACGCGGGCAGAUUUGGGAAAGCUGCUAGAAUAUAUGGAGGAUCUUUGCAAAUGGGCAGAAUGGAUUCGGACAAGACUUGCAUGA